AUGAGUUUCCCCAAACAGAACUAUAGUCGUGCGGUCUUGAAGCCAGGCAAAGAAGAGGUAUACUUGUCGCCAGAUUUUGAGGCAAAACUACUUCUUGAAAACGUUACUUUUCGAGGGUUACAUGAUUGUGCUCUUUCAGUUAGUGCAGAAAGGAAUGUUAGUGGACUGAUUUCGGUGAAAAACUGCAGGUUUCGUAACAACACUCAGUUUGUGAAUCGACUAGAUGAAAGAGCAAUUGUCCAAAUUGAGUUUACGAAUGUCGAUCCACCCCAAUGUCCGCAUAAAAGAAAAGGAAACAAAAGUGAGGAACUAAUGUGGAACAAGGCAUUUGAGUUGCCGGUAAUAUUUGAAGAUACUCGAUUCGAAAACAUCGCUGGUAUCGCUGGAACUUUGAACUUGUUAAAUGGCAAUGCCACGUUGAAUAACUGCACCUUUAAGAACAACGAAGGAGUAGCCAUGGGAGGUCAAGUGUAUCUGAGGACAGGUUUUGGAAUUCUUAACAUCGUUAACAGUAGUUUCCACCAAACAAAAUCGGCGGAACGUUACCGUGGAUCGAGAACUGGUUGCUUUCUUAAAUCUGAGAGCGCUGGUCAGCUGAAAUUGAACAAUCGUCCUUUACAGCUGAUGACAAUAGGCAAUACGAUCCAAUCUUUGCAGCCACGAAAAGUAGUUCCAUACUGA